UUUGCCUUCAAUGCAUUAGCAAAAGGAAAAGCCUACUUGUCAAAGUCAGUACUCUUUUAUAUAGAGCAAAAUUUUAUUUUAUUUCUAGUUUGAAGUUAUUUUAAGGAUUAAAAACAAUUCCGAUAUGCUGAAAUCGGAAUUUCAACACCAAUUCUGGAUCACUAAAAAAGCUGUUCAAAGAAAACUAGGAACAAAAGAAGAUGAGAAUAUCGUCGCUUCCGAUGGUGAACUAGAUUCGAAAAUUGAACUUUUCCAAUCAGUAGCAGACAGUAGCCGCCAGCUGUAUCGGAUUAUAGACCAGUAUCAGGAACGAGUUUGCAUUCUAGCACAGGAAGAAAAUACGCUGGGCAAAUAUCUACGUGAGGUUGGCAAAGAAAAUCCGACCACGGGCAAGCUUAUGUCCAACACAGGAAAAGCAAUUUCCUAUUGUGGUCAACAACGAAUCACGAUUCGUGUUCCUUUGCUGCGGCUACACCACGAUGUGCAAACCUUCAAAGGACGGGCAAUUGUGGACACGCAAAACACCAUUCAAGCAAUGGAGAAAGAACGUACUGAGUACCGGGCGGCUCUUAGCUGGAUGAAAUCGGUUAGUAUUCAACUGGAUCCAGAUACCGGUAGAGGUUUGGAGAAGUUUCGCAAGGCACAGCAUCAUGUUAAAACUGCCAAAACGAAGUUCGAUAAAUACACGCUGGAUUGUUUAGAAAAGAUUGAUUUGUUGGCAGCCGCUCGAUGCAAUAUGUUUUCACAUGCACUGGUCGGUUAUCAGAACGCGAUGCUUCAGUUCGCCAAAAAGAGCAGUGACACCUACAAGACUGCUUUGAAGAGCCUCUCUAAGGAUCCACACUAUAAUUUUUCGAUUUUACGGGAGCUAACACAAACUAAUCCGAACGCUAAGGAGACAGAAAACGAUGAACAGAUCGACAAACCGGCCGAUGACGAUCAAAUGCUGUUCUUCCAGGAAGACUAUAAAGACGAAGAAUCAACUGGAAAUAAUGCUAGAAAAUCCGAGCCCAAAGUUAAUGACACAGAUUCUUUGCCACUGAACGACCUUCUGGCGGAUAUAAGUGAACUGAAAGUUCUGGAUAUCACAGCGAAUAACAAACAUGCGAAUGACACUUCGUGUUCAGCUGAUUUGUUGGGCCUUAAUGUAGUUGACGAAUUUUCUGAUUUCCUAUCAGCACCAGCACCAUUCAUGCCAUCAACACUUCUGGCCAAUCCAGAAGCAAUGCAACUUUCAUUAGACCAACUUUCGAUUCCAAACCAGCCUCUGGCUACGAGCAGCAAACCCACCUCAAGCGAAAUGUUUGGUAGUUUGCUAAACAACCUUUCCAAAAAUCAGCCGACCGUUCCGAUGGGUAACAAUCAAAUGGAUGCCAAGCGGCAACAUAAGGACACCAAGGAUCUUUCUGGUUGGUAUCAGCUUUUCGCCGAGCUAGAUCCGCUUUCCAAUCCGGACGCCAUACCGUCCAAAACUGAUGCACCCUAUAAUAGUUUGGCCGCUUGAAGUGAAAAGCGUUUGACAUCCCAAUACUGGAUGCUCUCGACGGAAGGAUUUAUCGAAAUCGGUCGUCUCAAUCAGUGUUGUUAUAUUUAUCGCUGAAGACUAUAUAUUAUUAUUAUUAUUAUUCUGGAUACCUUAUUUGAUGCUUUAUAAAAAUGUGAAUGUCACGUGCUGUGUAAAAAUCAAUAUACUCCUUUAUUAACUUAA